UCUGUCCACCUUUCAGUAUUGAACUCGGCAGUCGUGUUUCACCUUUCUAUCGUGCUUCCUUUUCUUGCUGUACACUUGUAUUUGUUUCAUAGGGCAUUCUGUUUGCUUCAAUUCUAUUUUUUUUUUCUUCACCUUCGCAACUGAAUACAUCAAAAAAGGGGGAGUUAAUUCAUAUGUGUUGACUGAUUAAUUGUAUUUUGUUUUACAACUUGUUUCUUGAGCGUGUUCAUUAAAAAAACGUUUGUUUUGUUUGAUUUGAUUGACUAAUUGACUUUGCUGAUUUUAACCUGAAAUCAAGUUGGUCUUUUUAUAGUUUUAUCAACGCAGAGUGCAGUUUAUACAUUCUUACUGACACCCCAUCAGUAUGUGUUAAUAUUGUUACUCUCGAGUCUAAGACUACUUUCUUCGAUUGGUGCGUGCCAUAAACGCCGUAUGAUUACGCUUGUAUGCUUUGAUGAUUAAUCAAAUGACAGUUAUCAAGUACAUUCAAGUCAGCCUAAUCUCACAAGGUGUCAGGCUUAUAUUUAAUAUGACAAUUCAGUGCGUCGAGGUGAAUGAAAUCUAUGCAUAAAAACUGGUCGUGAGUAAAUUGGCCACAACAUUUUGUGCCCGGAUACUACAAGAUUUCUCAUUGGGACUUUUCAUCGUCUGCUGAUAAAUAUCCUUCAGUAAUAGUUUCGUUUUUUUUUUAAAUCCUGCACAAGUGCAACAAAGAAAUGUUCUUAUUGGGAAUAAUUAUAUACCUGCUGUCAUAUAAGUUGAACAUAGUCACUGGUCAGUCAGUGGCGCAGCAGUGCUUGACCGAACAGAUCCGUAACAACAAUGUCAAUAACAACGUGCCUGUCCAGCAGAAUCAGGUGCCACAGAAUCCAGAAGGUGUGACUUUGGCGGCCUUUGAAUCCAUUUGCAGAAAUUAUCGAGAAUACAUCAACUGUUUUGAGACUCGUCUUCCGAGAUCCCAGAAUCCAGCAGACAGAUUCCUACAACUUGUAUUCACGCGACACAACAUGGAGAACGCAUAUGAAGGCCUUUGUACACUUGAUCUCCCAACGUUAAGAGACAAUAUUCGAUGCCUUCUGAGCACACCGGAAGUCAGAAGGUGCUACAACGUAUUCAACCAGGGUGUCAACGAAGUUGUGAAUCUCGAGAACAGAAACACGGUGCCCAGACUGAGGCUGGAGGAACUGGCCUGCAACGUCUCCGUUAACCGCUACAGAUGUGAAACUGCUGUGUACGCCUUCUGCAACUCCCGCGUUGGUCAGAUUAUGCAAGACUUUUUCUUUGCCGGAGUGACCAGUGACUGCAGAGCUCAGACUGGAGCGUUCUCCAGAUAUACCCAGCUCUUUAACGGAAGUACUAAGAACCAAACCAGUUUCUGGAUAUUCGCCCUAGCGACUAUGCUCUUUAUUUUUCAAUGGAAAAGAACUUCUUUUUAACGAUACGCAAAGCAGUCCAGGACUGUAUUUUUACAGGAGUUACCUUCCUCCCACUGCACAGGAUUGUGAAUUAUCCUCCUUAAGGAGAAGCAGUCAAAUAUUGUAUUUCCAAGAAUUACCUCCCUUGCGCGGGAAAAUACAUACUAACAAAUUUUCUUUUUCACUUAAUAAAAUAAUUAUAGUUUAAUUACUGCAAGAUUUUUAGAAGUUUCUAGAGUUUUUUUGUUUUUUUUUUUUAUGUUGAGGUUUAAGUUUAAAUUCUAGACAGUGUAUUUGGCUUAUAUUUUUUUAAAUCUUCUAGUUAAUUUUUAAUCCAGUUUUGUACAAUGAAGACAAGUUUAGUGAUGAUAUGCCAGAGUAGAUUGGAGAGUUGAUACUAUGUUGACGUCUGCUUUAAAUUUAAUUUAAAACUAGAUUUCAGAAAUUUGACUAUUAUUCAUUGAUUUUAACUUUUUUUAAAUUGUGCAUUUAUCAACAACCACUUUUAAACAAUCUCCUAUCACUUUUCAUAUUCCUUGUAUUUUUAUUUUAUAGUGUCAUUGUUUAUGAACAAUUUUAGGUAGUAUAAAAUAAAUGAUAUUAUCUCUCAUUAGAAAAAAAUGUCUAAAAAUGGAUUAAAAAGUUAUUUAUUCAAUUUUUUUUUCUUACUUAUCAAACCUCAGCAAUUCAGCAUUUAAAAACUUAAUGUUUCAAAACUCUCAGUCAGAUGCUUUGCAAAUAAAUGACUUUUAGCCUUAUUGAAAAUAAUUAUGACACCUUAAUAUUACAAAUAUUUUUCAACUCAUAAAAAACUAUUACAUAAUGCUGAUAGAUCAUUUUUUGCUAUGUAAUUUGUAUUAGAUAAUUUCAAUUUUUUCAUUCAAUGUUUUUCAGUAUUGAACUUUAAGUCUCAGGAAAUUUCUACCUUCAGUGUAUCACUGAAACUGUUUUAAUCUAAUUUAAUUUUUUUUAGCAGCGCAUCUAAGAGGUAUUUCACAAUAUCAGAAACAAAUUAAUUUUUUACAAAAAGUUAUUAAAAAGGGUUCUUUUAAUUUAUAUAAUUUUUAAUUUUUUUUUAAGAAAGGAAAUGUCAGAAAUGAUUUAAUUGCACCUUUUUUUUUUAACUCUAGCCUUUUUCUUCAAUGCAUUAAAAUAAAAUAAUUAAUUUAAAACUUAAGUUCAAUUUUCAGAAGAUCUUUAAACUUACAAUAAUCUGUAUGUUUAUUUUUUUUAAAUCAUGCAGUUUAUUAAACAUUUUUUAUUGUAAUUUUCCAAGGUUAGCAAAGUUCAAAGCAAUUAUUUUAAAUUUAAUAUAAAAGUUCUUUUUUUAUAAAUAUAUAUAGUUUAACAUUAUCAUUGAUAUUUUUAUUUUUUUUCUGUGUUAUUAUUUUUUUGUCUUAAACAAAAAUUUUUUUUUUUAAAUAAAUGUACAUUCAAAUGGAAAUAUUGUUUUUGUGGACAUUACAUGAUCCACUGUUGUUUAAAAUCUUUUGGUGUAAUAACAUUUUUUAGUAUGUACAUCAUGGAAAACAAAAAGCAAAGAAAGAUGUUAAGUUUUGUUAUGUUGUUCUUUUGAUUUAUGAAAUAAAGAAGAUUCAAUAACCCAUUAUAAAUUAUAACAUCGAUUUUGUAUUUUUGAUCUGACUUCAAUCCAUUUCAAACUCAGUAUAAAAAGGCAAAAGUAUAAAAAAAAAGUAAAAUCCCCAAAAUUGAGCUUCAAAAUGAGAGAUCCUCUAAAAAACAUUUACUAACAAAUUAUAACUGUUAAGUUAAAUUUUCUUAAAAAACAAAAUUUACAAAGUAACAAAUUGAAAACUUGCUACACAACUCUAAACAUUAUAAACUCAUUUCAAAUACAAUUAAAGUUUUCAUUUCUUUUGUUUGUUUGUUUGUUUUAAUUUUAUUUUUUUAACAUAUAAUUUCAGUAUCAAUAAUUAUAGAUCUAUUUGAAAUAAAAAAAACAACAUUUAAUGUUCUCAUCUUGUAAAAAAAGAAUGAAAUUAUUGAAACAGAGGUCUGAUCUUUUCAUAGUUCUAUCCUGUCAAUGUUUCUGUUAUAGAGUAAUCAAAAUAUUGACUUUUAAUGUAGUGUAACUCAACUUUUCAAACAUCCUUUAUCAUAAGUUAUCAAAAUAUAUUCUCACUAGUUACAUGCUUUAAAAAUUGUUUUUUCCUUGAGAGUACAAGAAUCAAUUACUCAAAUAGUAUCUCAAAUUACUUGUAUUUUGUUUUUUUCCACAAAUCUUAUAGAGUUAUAUUAGAGUUGGGUGGACUCAGGGACAUCCUAAAAAUCCCAAAGUUCAAAUUUUCCGGCGUCACAGAGAUUCGAACCUAUUAUCUCUCGGUAGAGAAGCCAAGCACUUUACAACUCUGCCAACGCACCUCACAAUUAAAUAUUGGUAAUUAACUUUUGCUUUAUAUAUUAAAAGUGGAGAUAAACCUAGCAAUAUUAAGAUAAAUGGUAGUGAUGUGAUUGAACAGUGCUCUCCCUUCACUCAACGUAGUCUUUCUUUGUUUUUUUUAAGUAUUUAUUUUUUGCCUGAUUUGAGUAAGUUUUCAAAGCAUAUUGAUAGUUUGUUGAGCUCUGUUGUUCAGAGUUAGGUUGAACAAUGGGC